GCCAGUCAGCCACCCAGAAAGAAAGACAGACAGACAGCCACCCUCUCGCUCCCGCGCCUCACCACCCCAGGAGCAAGGAAGACGGGCGGAUGGUACACAGCUGUGUACUGUACCUGUGGUGAAGCGUGUGUGUGUGUGUGUGUGGAUACGAAUGGAAAAACGGAACAACGAGGGAGGGUGUGGUGUGUCAUCAUGCGGGGUUGAAAUCCAUCCAUCCCUCCAGGCCAUGCAGGUAGGUAGGUAUGCAUCAGAGGCGUCGGAGAUUCUUUGACUCCCAAGCUUGCAGCAAUUGCAGACAUCUUUGGCAGGCAAGGCAAGGAGAAUGGGAAAGAACAAGAGAGAAGGGGGGAUGGAGGCAGUGAGGGAGAGAGGGAGGAGUGAGAGUGGUCUUCAUGGGCAGAAAAGACGGACGGAAAGCAAGCCACACAUCACUCACUCACUCACCCUUGCCCUCUCUCGGUCCUUCCUUGAAAUGUGCCGACCGAAACACGCAGCCACGCACACCCCCGCCAAGCCUUCCGUCCAGCCCAUCUACCUUACCACCCCAUCUACGCAAUCGGCCAAUCGAAUCGACCAAACAGGUCACGACGUAUGUCGUCUGUCCAUCCACCCCGCCCCCUCUCGCCCCACAUCCACCCCAAGCCCCCCCUCCACCGGCGCCUCAUCCUCCGUCUUGACCACAGGCGCCUCCGCAAGACCCGCUAGCGCCUCAGCCAGGUCCUCCAGGUCAUAGUCGGCUGAUGUCUUGGGCAUUUUGCUGGGCGGCUCGUCGCUCCCGGGCGGCGAGGUGACGUUGAUGGUGGGUGCGGGUGCUGAGGCCUUUGCUUCGGGUGAUGAGUCAAGGUCCAUGAGAGCGUCGAAGCGCGUCUUGAUGUCGCCUGCUGGGAGGGUGGCGGCGGCGGCGGUGGCCAUAACCUCCUGCUUGCGCUUCUGCCGGACCAUCUGACGCUCCUGACGCACCUCACGCUCAGUGUCCUGCACACGAGAGAGAGGGACACACACAGCGCAGCGGUCAGGGCGCGUGUGUGUCACAUCACCAUCAGAUGCUGUCUAGUGCUGACCGACCUCCAGGUAGCGCAGGAGACUGAGGUCGUCCUCAAUGUCCCGUGUGUCGAGCUUCUCCAUCUCAUUCACGUCCAGUCGCUCCGGGUUCUGAGCCACACCACGCCGGCCGCGGCCACCACGCGCUCUCCCCCGCCCUCUAGCCGGCAAAGUGGGCGAUGUGAUCGUCCCCCGGCUGCCACGCCUUCCCCGCCCGCACCCUCUGCCGGGUCUCCUCACCGUGUAGAGCUCGUCAUACUCUCGCUCCAGUGCGUCUGCGUCGGCCGCCGAGCGGCUGAAGUGAAUGCCGCUGGGGCGGUCUCUGCGCACUUGCACUUGGUUGGGGGGGUUGCGGGUGAAGACGGCCAGGGGUCUGGGAGUGUUGGCUUGGUGGGCCGACAGCACCAGGUCGACCCAGCUUUUGAAGGCCUCCUCGCCUGGCCCGCCUGGCAUGUCCAAGUCGGUGUCCCGCCGCGACUCGAAACCCCCGCGGCUGGCCCGGACGCUGGAGCCGCGGGAGGGCACAUUGCUCCACUCUCCGGCCAGGUCUCGAUCUCGCCCUCGCCCCUCCAGCACGAAGUCCUCGUCCGUGUCCUUGCUAGGGUACCGCUGAUGGCUCUUGCUGCUGCGCUGCUCCUCCAACCUGAUGAUGCGGCGCAUCUUGCUCGCCACCCUCAGACCGUUGGCACUCCGCGUGACCCGCUUCUCCACCACACCAGCUGGUGGCGGGGACAGGUACUUGCCCCUGCCCGCCGGGCUGUCGUCGUGGUCGUGAGAUCUGUUGGUGCGCUUCCGGUGCCGGUGGCGUGUGGGAGGGGAGAGGGAGCGGGAAGACGCCGACGCCGAGUCGCGAAGAAGCGACCUGUCUGAGAGGGAGAAGCUGUCGUAGGGGUCGUGGAGGUUGCAGAAAGCGGGGUGGCGCGUGUAGAGGUGGCGGGAGGGGGGCAGGGGGCCGCAUGCGUACAGGCCAUAGGGGUCCACCUGGGAUGCCGGCAACGGUUGCCUAAGGGAGACCAGGCAGCGGGCACAAAGAACAGUCAGUAAGGAGGGGGCGGGGCGUCUGUGUGCACUGCAUGUGGUGGUGCAUUGCUGGUCUACCCGAUGGCUGUGUAUGGCGUUUGUUGCGGGAGCUUCUCUUGGGUGGCCUUUGCGAGGAUAGAGGGGAUGACAAGGGGCCUGACAAACAAACACCAAGCGAGCGACAAAUGCGACUGAGUCGUCGGACGGUGUCAUUAUCUAUCUGUAUGUCCGUCUGGUACCUCUUGCUGGCCUUCUGUUGGGCUGUGUUCUGUAUGCCCUUCACCGUCUUGUCCAGGACCUCACGAACCGGCGCAGCAUUGACCCCCGACGAUGCCGAGGAGCCCCACAACCUGACACAAAUCGCACAGAGAGACAACCACAGGUGAGGUGGUGACCUGCCUGCCUGUUCUUCGUUCCAAUUGCCCUCUGCCCUCCUCUGCCCUCACCGUUCCAUCUCGGUGUAGAGGCCCUGCGCAUGCUUCCACCGCCACUGGCUGCCCACCGGCCCAAAAUUGAGGGCUUCCUGACCCUGCUUCCCGCCACCACCAUCAUUGCCCCUGUCGGGGGGCCACUGCCAUCUCAGCGGACAUGAGGGGCGGGGGCGCGGACGACGCUCGACAGUGUGGCUCCGCAACCCUUUGGCUUUCUCAGAUGGAGCUUGCUGCUGGUGUGCGGUGGUGUGGCUGGGCUUGGGUAGUGGGUUAGGGGGAGAUGACGAUGCGCAUCGACGAGGGGCCGAGUGGCACAUGGCGAAAUAGCUCGACGUGAACAAUUCCCUGGGCACAAACAGGCCGAAGGAGACUGUUAAACCGGUCCCUGUGCGUGCGUGCGUGGUGUGCGCUCACUUGUCCUCGGCUGCUAUGGGAGGGAAAAGGUCCGUCCUGCUCUUCUUGUCGCCCGUACUGGCUGCCUCCUUGGCUGCAGCUGCUGGAUUGGCACCAGUCAUCGGCCGGGGCGGCGAGGUGCCGGCCUUGACGAAGAUGUCGUCGUAUGUCAGCCCCUCAGUUGGCUGCUGCUGCUGCUGCUGGUGCUGCGUGUGCAGGGGGUGAGAGGUGGCGGGGUCAGGCUUCUGGUGCUUCCCUCCCAUGCUCAGCUCCUUCCAGGCCUCCGCGCCCCUAUCGACAUCCAUCAAACACACAGAACAUGCCGUAUGGUAUGCAUCAUCGAGCCAGCCGUCCACAGGCGCCUCGCCUCCCGUCCGUCCCGUGACAAGCUAAGCCGACCAGUUGUUGUGUCUGGGCAUCCCGCCCUUAUCGGCGCCCUUCUUCCUGUGCCGCCGUUUUGGGGUGUUCUUGACCACAUGGGUGGGGUGGCCGAUGGACGCAAUGAGCUCUGGCUUGAUGGUGACGGGCGGCCGCGAGCCCGACUCGAUGUCCCUCAGCCACUGGUCCUUGCUGCUCUCCAGACGCAUCAUCUGACGCCGAACCGUCGACACAUCACGACCUGUGUAGACACACCAGAGCGACCACAAACGAGAGCUGGACGGUUCGCUUGUUCUCCGUCGUGUGAGUGUGGUACCUACCCAUUUUCUCGGCAAUGUAGUUCCAGUCGCGUCUCUGUAUGAUGAAGGCCAUCAUCUUGACGUCGUCCUGGUCGGUCCAGCUGGGGUCUCUGUCCUCCUCUACUCUCUCCUCUCUCUUCACGACAGCUGUCGGACACGGAGGACCGGCCCCUGUCCACACACACAACCAACACCACAUCACACCCCCACACACAGAGAUCUCGAUAGGAGAUGGACCCGUCAGCCAUCAUCCUCCCUCCCCUCCCUGUUAAUCUUGCUCACCGAUGGUCGCCGCAGUACCGGCGAGCUGAUUCUGCGGGCAGAGAGGCGGACCGACGGACUCAAACAGCUUCUUUGGCUCCUGCUGCUGCUGCUGUUUCUGCUGCUGCUGCUGCUGGGGGUGCUUUUGCUGGGGUUGGGGAUCAUCUGUGUUGUGUGGGGCGGGUGUGCCGAAGGUCUUGACAGGCUGUGGGAGUGGCGGAGGGGCCAUGAUCAGCUGAGGGACCUCUUCCGACUUUUUGCGCUUCAGGGCAGCGAUCAGCUGAGGGACCUCACCAGACUGACUCCGCUGCAGGAAGUGACACACGACGGCACACACAGUAGUGCGAGAGAUAGCCUGCCUGUGUUUGUGCGGUGGUUGGGCCCGCCCCACCUGCAGACGGCUGGAUGUCCUGCGGAGACUUCUGUUUCCAGAUACUGGCUCGGCAGCAUCGCCGUUCGCCUGACAUGCCACACCAACACAACACAGACAGACAUCAAAAGGGCCAAUAUCGUGCGACAGAACGGCCGGCUGCCUCACACACGAAGCACGGUGCACAGAGCACCCCUUUGUGAGCCAGCCGCUGUGGUGCGCGUUGCCCUCACCAUGCCAUGUGUAGGCGGCUCCACCUGGCUCGACGCCAUCCGGAGGCGCACACACGUGACGCGAUCCGCACCUGAAGACGCACACCGACAGCAUGCCCCAGUGCCGAGUAUAUGGAACAAACACCCCUCUACUUGUGCACAUCUGUCCACCGGGACCCUUUCUGUCCAUGUUCACGGCAGAAACCACGAGACAACCGUCGCAGUCCGGCCACCCACCUGCGGAGCCGUCUCCGGCGUUGGCACGCUCGGCUGUCUUGCCCAGCUAGGACAGAUUCAGACGCAAGAACUGGUGCCCUCUGCUUGCGGUGCGGGGAGGUGCGGCCGCACGGGUGUCUCCCCGACUCGCUCUGCUGCCGUACACUCACCGAGUGCUUUCUACAAAAUUAACCGACAGAGGCUGAUCCCGAGAGGGAAGUGGACGACCACAAGGCUGCGCUAGCGAAGAGACGUUCUCCGUGCCCAUCCUCU